CUUUUAGCGCUGGGCCACGCAAUCUGUUACCCAUGUCUUUGAAGGCUCACAGCCAGUAAGAUGCCAUGAGAGUCAUUAAAACCAACAGCUCCAAGCGCAGCUGCCAGGGUUUAAUCAGUGUCCUGAGCCAAGCUUCCCCUACGCAAAGCUUGGCGUGCUUCUUUUGUUUGACAUGUACCUCUGGGGAAGACGGCAAAUCCUCUCUUCUACCAUUCUUGGCUUGGAUGUUCCAGUCAAUUAUUUCUCUUGGAUUUUUGCAUUUCUCUCGCGCAGCUAGCAAUAGCUUUUCACCAGGGUCAAUUGAGGAAACCAUGAGGCUUGCGUCGACAUUCGCAGUGGCAGCGGCCUGCGCCGUUGGCUUGGCGCCACCCGCUGCGGCCCAGAAGGUUGUGCCCGUGGGAAUCAAACGAUCGGAUCACAAGUCGUCUGCGGUGCAAAAACGAGCCACUUUUACACAGAGCUUAUUCAACAACAUCACGGGCGCUGGUUAUUAUGCUGAUGUGGCCGUUGGUACACCGCCACAGAACUUGAGCUUGAUUCUCGAUACCGGAAGCAGUGAUAUCUGGGUCCUAUCAAGAGAUGCAAACCUGUGUGGAAGCUCAACGCGACAGAACAGAUACGGUUACUGCCUUGCUACAUAUGAGCCUUCAGACAGCUCAACAUACCACAAGGUUUCGAGCAAUUCAUUUGAUAUUCAAUAUGUCGACGGAACUGGUGCCGAGGGUGACUAUAUCAAGGAAGAUUUCUAUGUUGGAGCUGCCACAAUAACGCAGCUUCAAAUGGGCUUGGCGGUCAACUCCACGAUCCCUGCUGGCAUUAUGGGCAUUGGUUUUGCGACCAACGAAGCCUCGAGAACUCCCUACCCGAAUAUUAUGGAGGUUUUUGUUAGCGAAGGCUUGAUCGGUUCCAAGGCUUAUAGCUUGUAUUUGAAUGACUAUGACUCAAGUACAGGGACCAUCCUUUUUGGUGGUAUCGAUACAGAGAAGUACAUUGGGCAGUUGACCUCCGUCAAAUUGGUAGAGGACUCGCAAUCGGGGCAGAUCACGUCUUUCACUGUACCUUUGAAUAAUUUUACCCUGAGUGGCAGUGGGAUAUCCGACGUGACACUCAACAGUGCGACGCCAGUGGUUCUUGACUCCGGGACGACCUUGUCGUAUCUGCCAUCUCGCAUCGUCGACAAGAUCUACAAGGAAUUGGACGCCGUAUAUAGCGAGGAGUACAGCCUGACCUACAUUGACUGCAAAUAUCUAUCCCAAAAUCUCACCAUGGCCUUCCAAUUUGGCAGCUCGGAUGGUCCCACAGUCGUUGUUCCAGCGGAUGAAAUGAUAUUCGACAACGUGCAGGAGCUUGAGGACGCCGGCUACGCUACACCCUCGGACGUCGAUUUCGACAACGCUUGCACUUUUGGUCUCUUGGCAAGCGACGACUAUUACCUGCUCGGCGAUACAUUCUUGCGCAGCGCAUACGUAGUUUAUGACUUGCAGAAUUUGCAAGUCGCCAUUGCACAGGCAAACUUAAACAGCACGGAGAGCAACGUCGUUGAAAUUUCCAACAGCACGACCCAGCUUCCCGACGUCACGGGCGUUGCGAGCCAGGUCUCGGUUACGCAGACAGCAACGGGUCUUCCGGGUGUGGGCGGAGGUAGCACGACCGCUUCGGGGACGGCGUUGCCCACCGUCACGGUAACGGGCAGUGGCACGUCGAGCCCAAGCAGCAGCGGCAACGUUGGAGCGAGGAGUCUUCCUGCCCCCGAUUGGGGUGCGGCAGUCGUGGCGGUUCUUACAGCCCUUGGCAUGUUGGCAGGUGGUAUGAUGGUAGCACUUUAAGAGGAUUUGGUGCUCAAUGUAGCGCUAGACGGCGUUGUUAGCACGGCAACAUAGAUAUGACAAGGACUUUAUGAUCCCAAUAUGCUGACGUUGGACGAGCAUAAUAUAGGCAUCGUCUAUAUCUUACAAUAAACCGUGGAUGAAGAAUAAACCUGAUGACACGAAAGUAUGUUCACCGGAUCUGUCUGAACAUUAGUGUAUAUUAGACUGGCACUGUCCAUGCAUCACCAAGCACAUCAGAACUAGCACUACCCGAGGCCUGGAGUGAAUACGCUUCCGUAAACUAAGCAUAAUUUUAAGGAC